CGUAGCUGUCAGUUUCUAAGUCGAGUUGUGUGUUUAGCGAGCCGGCUAGCUAGUUAGCUCCAAUAACAACAGGAGAUAUGGCUGGACUUCAACCCCAGGGGGAUCUCCUGAAAAUGACUCACAGGGAGAACUGGAAAGUACAGCAUGAGCGCCUGCACGUGAAGCACCGGGGCCAUGAGGCCAUGCAUGCAGAGAUGGUGCUCAUCCUCAUCGCUACGCUAGUGGUGGCUCAGAUCGUACUGGUACAGUGGAAGCAGCGGCACAACCGCUCAUACAAUUUGGUCACCCUGGAGAUGUGGGUGGUUCCCCACUUCACUAUAAAACACUACUGGUGGAGGGGGUGGGGGUGGGGAAUGUUCUCUGUCAUCACCAGCUAUGUCGUCUUCAGAGGGUGGGGCAAACCACUGUCCUGUCGGACACCACGGAUGGUGUAUAAAUGGUUUCUAUUGGUCUAUAAGCUGAGCUAUGCUGUGGGAGUGAUUGGAUACCUGGUCAUCAUGGUCACACUGUUCGGCUUCAAUGUCUUCUUCAGGAUCAAGGCUGAGGACUCCAUGGAUGUGGGCGUUAUCAUGCUGUUCUAUGGUCUGUACUAUGGAGUGAUGGGACGGGACUUUGCUGAAAUCUGCUCCGACUACAUGGCCUAACAUGUUGUUUACUAUAACCUGGGAGGAAUGCCGGGAGCCUAUACCAUAUCUGUCACAUGUAUCAGAUCCACUAGGCUUGAGGAGGGGAUUAUAGAAGAUACCUACCAACUCUCCUGUAACCACAUAUUCCACGAGUUCUGUAUCCGUGGCUGGUGCAUUGUGGGUAAGAAGCAGACGUGUCCGUACUGCAACGAGAAGGUCGACUUGAAGAGGAUGAUGAACAAUCCAUGGGAGAGAACACAUGUCCUUUACGGGCAGCUCUUGGAUUGGCUGAGAUAUCUUGUUGCCUGGCAACCCAUAAUCAUCGGAAUAGUCCACGGAAUCAACUUCACCCUGGGGCUGGAGUAGUAGAACUCUGGGAUGAUGAUCGCCUUGCAGAACUCCCUCCCCGGAACUCCCUCUCGGAACUCCCUCCCCGGAACUCCCUCUCGGAACUCCCU